CUCAUGAACCAUGGGAUCUUGGCUCUAGUCAGCUCCAUUGGUUGUACAUCAGCAGGAUCACUCCAGUCUCUGGCAGAUGCUAUGCACAUCCCUCAUCUCUUCAUCCAGAGGUCAACAGCUGGGACUCCACGGAGUGGCUGUGGCACUACAAGGAGUAAUAGGAAUGAUGAUUAUACACUUUUUGUCCGCCCACCUGUCUACAUCAAUGAUGUCAUCUUGAGGGUGGUCACAGAAUAUGCCUGGCAGAAAUUUAUUAUUUUCUAUGACAGUGAAUAUGAUAUCCGUGGAAUACAAGAGUUUUUGGACAAAGUAUCUCAGCAGGGAAUGGAUGUAGCACUUCAGAAAGUGGAGAACAAUAUCAAUAAAAUGAUCACAGGACUCUUCACUACCAUGCGGAUUGAAGAACUCAACCGCUAUCGGGACACGCUGAGACGGGCCAUUCUGGUAAUGAACCCAUCGACAGCCAAGUCUUUCAUUGCUGAGGUUGUGGAAGCCAAUUUGGUUGCUUUUGACUGUCACUGGAUCAUUAUAAAUGAGGAAAUCAAUGAUGGAGAUGUACAGGAUCUGGUGAGAAAGUCAAUUGGAAGAUUAACAAUUAUUCGGCAGAGCUUUCCUGUACCACAAAACAUCAGUCAGCGCUGUUUCCGUGGGAACCACCGAAUAUCUUCAUCGCUUUGUGAUCCUAAGGACCCCUUCUCCCAAAAUAUGGAGAUUACCAACCUUUACAUAUAUGAUACUGUGCUGUUGCUGGCAAAUGCGUUUCAUAAGAAGCUGGAGGACCGAAAGUGGCACAGUAUGGCUAGCUUGACAUGCAUUAGGAAGAAUUCAAAACCAUGGCAAGGAGGGAGAUCUAUGCUGGAUACAAUCAAGAAGGGUGGAGUGAACGGCUUGACAGGAGACCUGGAGUUUGCGGACAAUGGUGGGAAUCCCAAUGUUCUGUUCGAAAUCCUAGGGACAAAUUAUGGAGAGGAACUGAGCAGAGGAAUUCGCAAG